AUGUUAGGAACGGGAUUAUGCACCUUGCUGAAGGUGUUGGUGCUGGCGGGGGCGGUUGCCGCGCUCCUGCCGGAGGAUCUGGAGGAUCGCGCCGUCCCGGCCAGCCUCCAGGAGGAGUGCGCCUCCAAGUGCCCGAACCUGGACCUCACGCAGAAUCGAACGGACGACCUAAGCUCGGAGGUAGGAUGCGGGGUGCGGUGCAAGAUCGAUCAGUGUACAAAAGGCUGCGAAGCAUGGGAACAGGCGCUCGACACAAGCUGCCAAGCUGUUUGCAAUGGGACGCAGGAAUUGUUACCGCCGAAGGAAUUGUAUUGUGUACUGGGCUGCCACGAUGCUCUAAAUCGUUAUUUUCAGCAGCUCAAAGCGGAAAUCGGCAUCCCUCCGGCGCCCGCGUUGGUCGCGGAUUCAUUGACGGCGACGUCGCUCAGCCUCGAAUGGAAAGGCGUGGACAUCGACCGGCGUGCUGGAGGCAUUUCGUACCUGGUGCAAUGGAGGUACGAGGAACUAGCUGAGACGUGGCAGUAUUGCAGGAAUCAGUCAUGGGGUGAAGGUGAUCAGAUACUCGUCGAGAACUUGCAGCCGUAUACCAAGUACAGAUUUCGCGUAGCGCUGCUCCUGAAAUCGUCGCAGCACAAUCCGGAGCCGAUCGUGUCAGCGCCGAGCGUGGUAAUAUUAACACACGCGGCCGGUCUACCGACAUCAGCACCGGUAAUUGUAAGAGCGGCGGCGGUAGACAGCUACCGCGUCUCUGUGUCUUGGGAACCGGGCCCAUUCCCGAACGGGCCACUUUUGUCCUAUGUCCUGCGUCUGCAAGGGGCUGAACACUCCCAGCUUAAGGAUAUUCCAGUCUCCGAGAACACGGAUCAUUACAUGUUUCAAAACCUCGAGCCUAAUCAGAAUUAUUCUGUCAGCGUGACUAUGAGAAACGGGGUCGGCGAGGGCCCGCCAGCAACUAUCUACAUUUCUACGACACCAGAACCCACAGUCAAGGACACGCAGCUGCCGAUUCUCAUCGUUGGUGGCGAGCACGUAGUCUUGAAGCAAGGCGCGGAUCUGCUGGACAGUCCCAGUAUCGUCUACAAGACCGAGUCUGUAAUCCGAGGGGUGGCAAUACACGUGGCAUCCGCUCAGUUAUUCGUCUCCACCUCGUCGGGUUACGUUAAACGAACCUCGAUCAUUAAACCGUCCGAGCCGGAUAUCAUCCUGAGUCCUGAUCGCAUGAACUUCAAACCGUUAACCCUUUCUGUCGAUUGGCUGAAUCUUCAUCUGUACGUACUGGGAGAGGUGAAGCACGUGACAACGGUGUGGCAGAUAGCCAGGUGCAAUCUGGAUGGCAGGGGUUUGACAGUGGCCAUGGCUGGAUUGAUAACGAAACCGUCGCACGUCGAGGUCGACCCGUACAAUGGCUAUCUCUUCUGGGUCACCAGAGGUGGACUGUACAGAUUAGAUUUGGCCGACAUUAGCAACGGUGUGAAGCACGAGGUACAACCAUAUUUAAUUCUCGAGGAUGCGCAUUUGGGUGCUUUUACGGUGGACCACACGAACUUUCGACUGUUGGUUCCACAUCAUACGCAAAACACAGUAAUAUCCGUAUCGUUGGAUGGUCGCGAAGUUCUUGAUCUUCGUGCCAAUACGCAGAGCCCGAAAUUCAAUAACGUUGUCUCCCUAGCUAUGGCGAACGGAUUGUUUUAUUGGACUAAUGGUGAAGAAAUCCUCAAUGAAAACUAUCAUAGCGGCCAAAACAGAUACUUCCACAAUGCAUAUCCUACGCGCAGUUCUCCGUCUGACGGGUGCUUCAUUAGCGUGAGCGUGUUAAUGAAUGCAAGUCAGCCCAUCCCCGUUCCAGUAAAUCCUCCCACGGGAGUGCAAGCUGUCCUGGGAGCGGAAAGGGCGAAGGUUUCCUGGCAAGCUCCUCAUCUACUGGGUGGCCAGGGAAAGGGUGCAUGGCAAAACUGGUCAUACGAGCUCGAAAUCAAGGAUGAAUCUACGAGCGAAACCAUUCAUCAGAAGGAUGUCGCCGGCUCGUCCCACACCGUUCACAAUUUGCGAGAAAGAUCGGAAUAUUCGAUCAAAGCUGCGGCCUACACGAGCGCCGGUAGAGGACCAUGGUCCACGGAAUUUCGAGGGCGAACGUUAAGGGACGGUUCACACGCGUCUAUCUUGUGGUCGUCGAACGAGGGACUUUUGAGGAGCGACGUGACCGGCGAAAAUAUCGACACGCUCGUCUACAAAGCGAGCCUGAAAGAAUCCGAAAGCGAAUUCCACAUCGUCGACGUUAGCUGGUACAAGGACGUGUUGUACAUAGUUGGAAAUAAUUCUGCACUGUAUCGUUACAACGUCAGCAGUCAUCAGAAGAUGAAGCUCAACAUACAUUCGGUUGGCAGUGUCGCCGUGGAUUGGAUAUCGAAGAAGCUGUACUGGGCAAAUCCGAAGCAACAAAUUAUAACAAGAGCAAAUUUGAACGGAUCGCAUCAGGAACCAAUGUCCAUUCUAGCAAUCGUGAAGGAGCUGAUGAUCGACUCUUUGGAGGCGUAUUUGUACUGGUCCACUGGCCAUGCUGUGGAGGUUGCGCGAUUGAAUGGACAGGAUCGAAGAUACUAUCAUUCGGAUGAAAUUUUUAACGGCAAACAAGUAAUGGGGCUGACGCUCGAUACCGAGAAUCGAUACGUCUAUUGGAUCGUACGAAGCUACGAAAGCGGAUCCAUCGUCUAUCGGGCGCCUACGUCUGAGAAGAUCCCGAUGAAUCACAAAAUCGUUCCGGAGAAGGUCUCCGCUUUGCAACACCCCAACAUGCAAGGACCCUUGUGCUACUUUUCCGAGCACUUGCUGUGGCUGCAGGACGACAGAAACGCAGUGAUCGGUGAUCUGUCCGGGCAAAACACCGCUGUGAUCAACGGUAUCACUCUGUCUGGUCUGCACAUGGUGGCCGUUAUGGAUCCCGCUUUUCAUCAGUACCCGAAAAAUCUGACGUCAGAGACCGUAGUGGUCCUGCCGAAUGCCGUCAAUCUCGACAGCAUACGAGUUGAAGGGACUUGGAGGAACUUCAACAUAUCGUGGGACCCCGUGAAGAACAUCAAUUACGGCACGGUGUUCUACGAGGUCAAGUUCGCGGACUACAUCAACACGAAUUCGAACCCGGAGAUCACGAUUGAGACCACCAUGCCGUACAAUAAUUCAGACCAGAUCCUCCCCUAUUCCGUCCUGGAGGUCACCGUGAAGGCGUUCACCUACUGGGAGACCGCGCAUCACUCUCGGAAGAUCUUGCGAUCACCUCAGAGCGUGCCGACUCAGCCAACGUCGCCUAGAGCGUUCAUAGAGUUCUGCAAGGAAGUCCCAAGCGACGUUACUAACAUUACCGCGAUAUUCAGGUGGAGCCAACCUGAAUUUAGAAAUGGAAUAAUUCAGGGAUACACCGUGCAGUGCUGGUUUGUCGAGAACCGGGAAAGAAUCCAGGUCUGCAGGGACUACGACAUCCCAGCUACAACGCUCGAGCACAGAGUGCACAGUCUACUGGCCAAUACGACAUACUACUUUCAAGUACGAGCACGCACCGAGAUUGGUGCCGGCCCUUACACGGAUCUGAUCGGCGUGUCGACCGCCCACGAAAAUCCGGUGCCUUUAUUGCUGGUCGCCACGGCGGACGCCGUGAGGCUGGCUGAUCUGGACCAGGAGGCAAACGACACGCUCACCAGGCACAUCGCCAUAGAAGUCAGCUACUCAGCGGCGGAACGCAGAAUUUACUGGAUCAACGAGAUGCAAGAACUGGUCACGUCGUACAGAAACGGCACCAACGCCACGAAGAUACUGACUCUGAAGAACACCGCGUACAGCUUGUGCGUUGACUGGGUAGCGAGGAGUCUGUACUGGACGGAAUACUCGAGCAACACCGGCUACAUCAUGAAGCUGGACUUGACACUGUGGCAAGCCACUGGCGCGGUCGAGUAUGAAUGCAUCGUGAGGAGGACAAAGCGCGCGCUGAACUUGCAGAUUCUGCCGUCCAGAGGACUUCUAUACUGGAUCGAAUCGUCGAGCAGCCGGGGAACAAUAAUGCAGUCGAGCCUCGACGGCAGGCACGUGCAACACUUCUUCAGAAACGGGGACGAUACCUGCAACUGCCCGCGCAGACUGUCAACGGUCGUGUCCGCGAUAACGAUCGACGACACCAACGUCCACAGCCCGGUGAUGUAUUGGAUGUCAGUGGAGGGCAAUUUGUACGUCGCCGACAUUUUCGGCUGCACGUGUAACGAGGUGUUGAACUGGGAUAUCAGUGAAGAGACGUCGUCCCUCACAGUCGACAAGAUAAACGUCUACUGGUCCAGCGUAGCAGAGGAUCGGAUCUACUUCCUGAAGAAGGAACGUCUGCCCUUCGCGAGCGUGGGAAACGCAUCGGAAGUGAAGAGCUUCUAUCUGCCUAGCGUACGCAGCAUCACCGCUCUCGGCGAGUCGUUGCAGCCGUAUCCGAAUGCGAGUUGCCUGGUACCACGCCGAGAACAGUACAAGGUCACGGUGAACAAGACCAUGUCGAACAGCAUCAUCGUGAAGCUUCCGGAGCCGAUUACCGAGCACGGCUGCGAGAGGUACAAUCUGCCUACCACGCUCUACGUCAUCAGCGUAUCUCAAUGCGUGGACAUGAAGGAUGUCGGUGGCGUCAGGGAGUGCAGACGGACGAGCGGGGAAAUCACGGUAGAGACGUACGAGCGGCGUCACGAAAUCCAGAAUCUCAGGACGUUCACGAUGUACACGCUGAGGCUGGCGCUGACCAACCAUUACGCCAAGUCGGCCAGCCUGAAAUUCGGACCAAGCGUGACGCUGAUGACCGGUCCGGGUACUCCCAGCGCGCCGGAAAAUGUCACGGUCCAAGUGCUGACGCCGGUGCUGGCGGCGGUCUACUGGGCACCACCUAGGAUACUGAACUCCGCAAAAGUCUACUAUGAGAUUCACUGGAGGUCAAUUAGCCUGGUGAACGGUGUGCGACAGAAGGGCGAGCAAUUGAUCAAGGUGGAGCCCGAACGCACGGCGGACGGCAGAUUCUUCACAACGUUGCAGCCGCUGCUACCCGGGCAGGAGUACCUGGUAUUCGUACGCGUGUACCCCGCGAAUUACAGCAACAAUUACAACGAGAGCGUCAGCAAAACUAUCCGCAUGUACCCGGAGCCGAACAACCUGACGGUGAGCGGAGCCACCGUGGACAACUUGAACGUUUCUUGGGUACCGAGCAAUCUGACGUCGUUGUACGCGCUGCAGUACACGGACGUCGCGGUGGAGCAUUGGCGAAACGCGAGCGAUAUUCUAAGGGGAAGGAACAACGUGACGUACCGCAUAAAAGGCCUGCAGCCGCGUACUCUGUACAAGUUCCGCCUUUUGCUGAGGUACCCCGCGUACAAGGAGGACUUCGUAUGGUCGCCCGACGCGAAAUUUACGUUCCAAACACUUGGUGAUGUCCCGAGCGCUCCCGGAGUGCCUACAGUGACGAAAGUCCGCAAUUCCGUGUAUCAACUAAAUUGGGAGCCCGCGCAAGCUCACGGCUCGCAGGUGACUCUGUAUCGUCUAGAGAGUUGCUUGAUCGUCGAUGAUGAUCGCAAGAAGGCCAACGAGAGUGAGCACUGGAAUCUGUGUUACAACGGAACGGACAAUUACUGGAUAAUCACCGGAGACAUGGAUCAGAAGUAUCGGUUUCGCGUACAGGCGAAAAACGCUUAUGGCUUCGGCACGUGGAGCAAGCCGAGCAUGAUCGUCGAUCUGACGGAAUUUGCCGGUGGGAUAUUGGCCACGCAACAGCAUCUACCGUUAAUGCUAGGCUUCAUCGCGAUCGUCAUCAUCAUAAUGCUGGCGUGCUUCUGCUACUUCUUCUUCCCAGUGUACCGACAACGCAAGGAGGACAAGAAAGCAAUUUUGCCUCCAAUAGUACCCGGUGUUGAGCUGGCGACUCUGCGAGAGAUGCCGCGCGGAAAUUUCGUUCAGUCCAACGUGCUCUACGCUUCGACGUUGCAAUGUGAUCCGGACGACUCGGCGUUGCCCAAAAUCAGGCAAGAUCAAAUCACAUUAGCGAAGUUCCUGGGCAGUGGCGCUUUCGGAAAGGUAUUUCAGGGAAAUGCUAGGGAUUUAGAGGGACCGGGCAUCACGCCCGUUGCCAUAAAGAUGUUACGGAAAGAUGCUUCCUCGCAGGAGAAGACAGAGUUCCUGCAGGAAGCCAGGCUCAUGAGCCACUUUCGGCACAAGCAUGUGUUAAGAUUGCUGGGCGUCUGCCUGGACACGGAUCCUCCGUUACUCGUAUUGGAACUGAUGGAAGCCGGUGACUUGCUGAGCUACUUGAGGGACAGUCGAUCCCUGCAACCGACAGACACGCACGCUCUGCGUCUGCAGGACCUGCUCGCCAUGUGCGAGGACGUCGCACGGGGCUGUCGUUACUUGGAGGAGCUGCAUUUCGUACACAGGGACCUCGCGUGCCGAAAUUGUCUAGUGUCCGCGAGGGAUCGCGAGAACCGCGUUGUGAAAAUCGGCGAUUUCGGACUGGCCAGAGAUAUCUACAAAAAUGAUUAUUACCGCAAGGAAGGAGAAGGCUUGCUUCCCGUUCGCUGGAUGGCACCGGAAUCCUUGGUGGACGGAGUGUUCACCUCGCAGAGCGAUGUUUGGGCAUUCGGAGUGCUGAUAUGGGAAAUUACAUCGUUGGGCCAGCAGCCGUACCCUGCCAGAACCAACCUCGAGGUUCUGCACUACGUGCGUGCGGGCGGCAGACUGCCGAAGCCCCUCAAUUGUCCACCGUCGUUGCAUCAGCUGAUGCUGCGUUGCUGGAGUACGGCGGACGCCAGGCCGAGCUUCAAAGUCUGCCUCGAGAAUAUUAUCGCUUUACGAAGCAAUAUAGAAGACGCUAUACUGAGUCCGGUGCACACUGGGCAUUAUCUUGCGAUAGCGCGCAAAGGCGUGUCUAACAUGGCUUACUUUGCUGACGAGAAUCAGAAUCAUAAUAAUUCAGGGAACUCGUGGAAGUCCAGCAGCUCGGAGGAGAGCCGGGAUAUCCAGCCCUUCCUCCAAUACUCGAAUGACACUGCUCUCGGCCCGCAGUCCGGCGAGGGUCCGAAAUAUCUAGAAUUAUUAGCGGACAACGAGGAUUCCGCCUCGCGGGAGAACCCCACGAGCGGCUACGAGGUGCCGCGCUCGAUCCACGUCUCGGAUCAGAACCUGGCGAUAUACAGACUCAACUAUACGAAUCAAGACCGCAAGAGCAGCCUGCCUACCGAAGCCGCGCAGGAGCGCAAGGAGUGCUCGACGGAGGAGCGGAAGCAACUCGACGGGAAGCUGUACGACAAGAGACCGUCGAUCGCUAGUCUAAAUCUGCCGGAUCGCAAGGGCGCGUCGGUUUCCGGCAUGCCGGAGAAGUGCAACACGUUGGACAGCGCGAAAUCGGCGAGGGCGGCGCUGAAGAGGGACUCGUUCUCGUCGUUGAACGGCCACCGCAAGUACCGGGCCGGCCUGAACGAGCGGAGAGACUCGGAGGCGAGCAUCGGCGACAGGAGCAGCAGCUCGCACAGUCUGGCGCCGUCCACGCGCCCCAGCUCGUCACUGAUCAACUCGCAGACGGCCUUGACGUGCGUUCUGAAGAACAACGUCGUCGAGAACGUCGUCGUCGGGGAGACCUCCCCGAACGAGACCGCGGUGCCGAAGAGCACGUUGCCGAAGGUCCAGCGGACCCACUCGAGUCUGCAGAACGGCAAGGCGAACAUACCGCUCGUGAUAAACAGUGCCUUGCUGAAUCUGCUGAGGCAGACGCCCGUCGUCGAGGACGGCGGCAACAUCGUCACGUACACGAACAUAAGCGCGGAUGCCGUCAGAGUGAACGGAUCGUAAACGAAUACUGAUCGCUCCGAGGAAAGACUCCGGAGACUCGCACGAAUUCUGCCUUUUUGAACUCGAGCGAAAUCGAUGAUCAGUAAUCUCGAGGCGAGUUCGAGUUUGAACCAGUGAAUCUAAAUGACAGUUUUGCUCAAAUCCUUCCUUCUCUAUCGUUUCAUCCUAAAGCGGUGCCUUAAACGCGUACGAGCCACGUGUACUCUCGUGCGCUGAUAAAAUACUACUCGUAUCAUUAAAUAACCGAACGCGAAGGAAUGAGUUUAUAAGAAAUAUACGGGGGGAACAAAGUGGAAUACCUUUAGACUGCCAUUAAUUAUUGUACAUACGUGAACUUUUAUACUGGAGGAGCCGCUCUGCGCGGCCCGUGGCAGGCCGCUCUGAGACGCCUAAAAUCUCAGGCGGUUUCCCUAACAGUCUCGUGAAAAUUUUAUUUAACGUAGGAACGAUGUAUCGACAACAAGGACAACGGCGGAUGUAAAGUAUAGCUCGACUUUAUGAUUGCUGUUUAAAAUAACGUAUUUAUUGAACAAUCUAUAUAAGUAUCUCACUGUUCAUUGUACAAAUUUUACAUUUGAUGAUAAUUAAUAAAUACGGAAAUUGUUAAGUUUUCUACGUAAUUUUAACGAAUAUGAAAAUGUAUGUGUUACGACUUUAUUACCGAACAAAUAUAAGUUUGUAUACGUGUGCUACUGCGUAAAAUUUCGUGCCGAUGGACUGACUAUAUACUUGAAAUUUGUAUUUUCGAGUUACGUUAUAAGAUAGCAAAGCAAUGCGGCAGCCAAUGAAUAUUAGAGUUACAAUUGUAAAUAAUACAUUAUAAAUGAUUUGAA